AUGACGAUGGUCGUGCAGGUUAAUAGAUUGAAGGGAAUCAAUCUUUUCCGAGCUGCGGUGAGACUGGUCUUGGAAUACAUCGAGUGGUUAACCGAAAAGCCCGUUGUCGAAGAAGUCAGCGACGACAUUGCGAUUAACAUCCGCAGGGCGGAGCAGAAGAAACACGAAAAGAAAGCUCUCACGCUGGAGGAUCGCUCUUAUCUGUUAACGAGGCCGGAAGAUCGAUCGGAGGAUGAGAGGAAAUAUAUAUACGACCUGUUUAAAAAGUUUCGAGUGUUCGAGAAAUAUGCCGAAAGUUUAAAAGAAAUUUUAGUGGACGUGUGCCUUUAUCAGUACUUGAGAGCCGGCCGCGUGAUCGUGCGACAGAGUCGCAAACCUGAGAAUCUGUACUUUAUUGUAAACGGAGAGGUCAGCGCGUCGAAGGUAGUCACCGAUCGCUGGACUGGUGAAACAGAAGAGGUUGACAUGGGCAGCCUGAAUCCAGGUGAUGUAUUCGGUGAAGUGGCGUUGCUGCACGAUAUACCAAGAUCAGCAACGGUAGUUACAAAAAGUAUGUGCACCUGGUCCGUAUCUUCUUCCCCUUCGAAAGAUACUCAACUUACUUUAUCUACAGCCGCGGUAGAUUUGAUUCUCAUUCCUCGCCAGGAUUUCAAUGAUAUUUUGCGGUCACCAUUGAAAAAAGAAUGGGACGUGUUGCAGGAUGCCCUGGUACACUUCAAUUACUUCAAAUCCUGGGACGACGUAACGAUACGAGAAUGUUGUAUUCUCAGUAAAUUGAAAGAUUUCCAACCCGACGAGGUACACUUACACACGUGCAAUUACAAUUCAAGUCAUAAAACAAAGAAGCAGAAGAAUGUAAAUGACAAAGCAAAUGUUUUAAAGGUUAUGUUAGGUGACGGCAAAGGACUGGUGAAUUAUGUGCAUUUUCUAUUGGAAGGUGAAUGCCGUUUGAUAGAGCAUAUGAUCGUACGUGAAACACAUUCUGCCCUUGGUACACGAUACGAACUGUACGAUCCUGAAAAGAGCAAUGGAAAGAAAGAAGACAGAUCUUCGUCGGAGAGCGUAGAAACGGCUGCGAAAAUGGACGAGUUUGAAUACCAAUACGAAACUGGCAAAGCCAACGACAUGGACGAGAGUAUAGCCCAACUUUUACUAUCGUCGAGAACGACCGAUAGGAAAAUGGAUUUCGAACGUUCGAGCAUCAUCACGACCACGCUGUUGGACGUUGUAAACGAAUGGCAUAAAAUUACGGACGUAGCAGAAAUGUUGAUGAGAGAACCAUCCUCUAUCUCACAGCAACGCUAUCCGAUCGACGUACGGACGAUAUUUAUGCAAAUUUGCACGUUUAACAGGGGUGCGUGUUUCGGCUUAGGGGAGAACAUGGUUAAUCGAAGGAUAGUAGCUGCUUCAUCCGUAAAAUGUUUCUUGGUCCCGCGAUAUUGGUUGAGAAUUCACAAUCGUGCGAAUAUUUGGGAACGCGUGAAACUGUUUAUGGAUUCCAAAUUCCCCACUAAAGAGCAAUUGUUUCAAAGAUUUUUAACGAAUCGCAGAUGGCUAGAAUAUAAGAAAACUUUAAUCGAAGACAUAGAUAGACAAAAGCGACGUAUUCACAGCAAUGUGACGAUACAUGAUGUUCCUUACGCUAUUAGGAUUGUUAACACAUUAUAAAAAUUAUCAGCGUAGAAAUUACAACAAUUCUCGACGACAUCGCAAUAUCUUCUAUGUGUGAAAUUUUUACUGCUCUAUUGUUGACAAACAAAGUUAAAGCGUUGUGCAGGUAAAAAGUUUAUUACACAAAUUUUUUUAAAUGCUAAAUGCAGCCUAAACGCAGGUUAAACAAUUUAAAUUCACUCGACACGCGCGCUUAUGUAACGUUGUGUAAUUAUUUUUGAAGUACAUCGUACAUCUUUGGUUCUAAAUUAACGCGUAAAAUUACUUCUCAGGUUCAAAUUAAAUCCUGCAUUCAAACUUACAACGCACCGAGUAUUAAGUACUGAUAAGCGAAUACAUUUCUCUCCGUUUUUUUUCGUGAAAAAUCUAAAUGCAUAUCUAGUGAUCAAUAGAAUUAAUUAACAGAGUAUUGGAUUUUAGAAACGUAGCAAUGAAUCACAUGUACAAAAAAUGAAUUGAAAAAUGAAAAAGUUAAAAAAGUGAAAAAUGAUUCGUUCCUCUCUUUCUCGACGUUGUAGUCGUUUCUUCUAAGAGAUGUCAAAAUUUUCAUGUCAUUCGAGUACAAAAAAGUUUAAAAAUAUAAAAAUAUUUCUCUUCUUCAGAGAGAAGGCUGUCUCGUGCAGUAUCGAACAUGUCAAUGAAAUUUUUCUGGAUCGAUAUUCGAAAGCCUUGUUGAAAAGUGAUCGUGAAUGACAUGUAUAUAUGUAUGUACGUAUAAUGUCAUUUUGUUCUUCAAAUUAUUUUAAGUAGUCGUCAUGGCACAUCACAAGAACAAACAUCACGUACGAAUGCAAAGAAACAAUAAUAUUUAAAACGUUAAAAUAAAAUCGCACAUGCAAUGUUCAUGAAACAUGGACAGAAACUGGCUGUUGCGCACAAUAAUGGAAAACAGUACGGUUUAAAACUGAAACAAAAGCCAGAUAAUCCUCUGAUUAUGUUGCUUCAAUGUGGAUGUAUGUACUUGUACAAUGCACUCCUUUAUUGUUCAUAUUUCUCAAUUUAUCGUAUCGAUAUCCGCACGUCUAUCCACGAAAAUCCGCCUGAAAUAGACAUUCCCUUCGGUUAAUCGUCAUUAUAGAAGAAUUAUUAAAUUCUGUUCAUGCACAGGCUCAAACAUUCGUCUGAUUUCUCUCGCAAUUAGCCAUCACCACGUAACUAGGAUUGCUGAAGCCAGCUGGUAUGUCUAACCUUAAGUCGCUCUUUUGCUUCGGCAUAUUCACGUAAUUGUCCUGCGUCCUGAUAAUCCCCUCUGCUAUGAGAUCCUUCUUCGACAACGUGUCUCCGCUACUCGAUAUUUCACUGUCCUCGAAACAUUUCUCGUUCUUCUCGUUCUUCUCGUUCCUUUCGUUUUUCUCAUUCAGAUCUAUCAACCGAAGACUCCGCGGAGCGUUGCAAUACGCAAAAUCCUUAUUGACGGGUUGAUCCGUCGAUUGACUUUUCAUUGCCUCUCGUUGUCGAACGAACUCGGCUCGCCGCGCGUGCACGUUUAUCGGUUGCAGAUAUGGAUCCUCUUCUUCCGGUCCUUUCUUUAACAUCGGCGACAAUUCAACAGCGUCUUCUGAAUCGGAAGUGGCCGGGAACUUGAAGCGAGUUCCUUCCUGGUUUGGCCUGGGGCUAAAUAUUUCUGAAUCGUAACCACUCUGACUGGUAGGGCUCAUGCACAGGUAGGUUGUUGAAUUGGUCGAGUUCGAGGCAGGCAAGUUCGAAUAAUCGUGAGUAGGUGAGGAAAGCGCCGCGUGAUCGGGUGCGGAAAGCAUUGUCAAGUAGUCGCUUCGACCACCUUCUGUCAAUGACACGUUCAUGUCCAUGUAAGGAUCGUUCAGGCUGAUGUAAUGCUGAAAAAAAAUUAAAUAUAUUUAAUCAGGUAUAUAUUUAAUCCUAUCCUACAACGCAGUGGUACAGUACAAAUAAACUCUCUCACCGCUUUUACACUUUCUUCCAACAAAUCGCCAAUACUCUGUACCAGUUCCGUGAAGCUCGGGCGUAGAGUAGGUUUGGCUUUCCAACAUUGUAACAUUAUGUCAUAUCUCUCGGAAGUAGCAUAUUCCGGCUGCUCCAGUCUGUAUCCCUCGAUCAACUUCUGAUAUUGUAUCUCAGCUUCCAUCCCGGGAUAAGGCGUCUUAGCCAAUGUGAAAAACUCCCACAAAACGAUGCCAAAUGACCAAAUGUCUGACUGCGUCGAGAAAAUUCGAUCUCUAAUCGACUCGAUGGCCAUCCAUUUU